GUAAACAACCUGCCGCCUACAAGAAAGAAGGAAGUGAUUUUCAAGUGUUGGUUUCGUAAAGAUCGGAGACAAUGAGGCAGUGUCGGUGAUCUGACGGAGGGUUUUCUGGUGCCUAUUUGUCUCAAAGCAGAGUUUUUGUGCUUUUUAAUGAUUUUGCGAUUCAAUGGAGUCAAGUGGCAAGACUGGACACGGCACAGUACUAUGGUCAAACUAGGACACAACAACAACAAAUCCAUGGAGAGUCCUGAGCUGCAAGAUGAGCUGGAGAGGGUGAACAGACUGGACCACUCCCACGCCCAGUACGGUGCCAUCAGUGACCACAUGGGAGAUACGUGUCCCACCUGCCGUGGAACAGGGCGCAUUCCCAGAGGCCAUGAGGACCAGUUGGUUGCUGUAAUACCAUUUAAUGACAUAAGGCUGAAACCCAGACGCACGAAGCUCUACGUGUGUGUGUCCAUGGCCGUAUGCCUCCUAAUUUGCUGCCUGAUCAUUUUCUUCCUGUUCCCUCGGAGUGUCACCAUAACGCCUGUGUCUGUGCUGUCGGUCAUGGUCUACUUCACUCCACAUGUAGUUCAGCUGGAGGUCACAAAUCUCAUCAACAUCAGCAACCAGAACUUUGUCCCUGUUGACAUUGUUCAGUUUAACAUCCAAGGUUUGGUCUUUCGCACCGUUGUGGGGACAGCCAAGAUAUCAAAUAUGACCAGCAUCCAGUCCCGCUCACAGAAAUCAUAUACGAUUGCAGUUGACCUGGCAGUGAAGGACCCAGACUUAAACACGUACUGCAAGUCCGAUAUUUCCAAGGUUCACACUUUAUUUCUCGAGCUGCAAAUGACAAUGAACAUAUCCUAUCUCUCCCACACUGAGCAGCUGUCUCUGGACACUGUUGAGUAUAUUGACUGUGGCACCAAUUCAACCAUCCCACAUCCUGUGAGGUGAUAAACUAAAGAAAAGGAAAAGUAUUACGGGAAGGAUGAGAUGAUGCAUACUCUGAUAGCAUCGUACCUUACUCUCUGAAAUAAGAGAUGUCACUUUUGUUGUAAAUGUCCAAUCUGUAAAUGCUAUUUCUGUGCAGUUUGCUGUUGUAAAAAUGAAGAAAUGUACAUAUUUCAUUUUGGAAGGUAAUCUACAAGGAGAGAAUUAUUUGAAAUUCUUUACAGGAUGUUGAUGACAGUGAUAACCGCUCUGAAAAAUCCAUCUUGUUUAUGCAUACCGCAAGAUUUUAAUCAGUGAUAUCAUUACAAUUUUUCCAUUUUCUCUUUUUACAUUACCUUAAAUAUGUUUUUCAAUUAAACUCUCAUGUUAGAGUUUGUGAAAUUGCCUGUCUGCGCCUAGUAAAGGCAACACAGGCUCAUGUAACUUUGUCAAAUGAGUGCAGUGCCUCUGUGUUGUGCAUUGUUGUGCACCGGAGAGGCUCUGGUACACUGCAAUGGAAGAAAACUUUCAUUAAUGUUAUUGGCAACACCUGUGUGUACCUGCUACUUCAUGUCAAAAUAGCUGCUGUGGGAAAGAUCUAAUGUUGACACAAAAUUUAUUAACUCAUUUAAACUUAAUGUUUAAUGUUCUGCUAAAGUUAGGGUAUGGGGUUGGUUAUGGUUAUUUAAGAGGAAAAAAAACUUAAGCUUGAUGAACUUUCUAUCAUCAUUGUCUUUGUGUGCUUCUCAUUGAGGCUUUUAACAAAGCCUGGAUUUACACAUCUAGUGUGCAAGUGUGUCCAAAGCAAAAACAUCACUGUGUUGCUUUCAUAAUGUUGAAAAUGUAAUUCAUAAAGAAGAAUAAA